UCACUGCUCCAAAUUAGGUUAGUAAAACAUGAAACUCCUCACGUACAACAUGACACCUUUCUUAUUGUGUACUAUUAGUUUCCUGUUUGUAACUGAUGCCUUUGUUCUCAACCAACAAGAAAUAGGAAAGGCCAUCCUGACACAUUUUGAAGCUGGAAAAGAAGAUUCUUUUGAAGAUGACGAAUUCAUCAUAGACUCUUCUACAACAGAAAACUCAAAAGACUUAAGUCGACUUAAUUUCAAACAUAACUCAGAAGACGAUGCCUUUAUUGACGACCCUUUCAUCGUACAUUCCUCUACCAGAGAACCUUCACUGAUCCAUCAUGCUCAUGACAUUUCCCUUAACUCUUGGAAAAAAGAUAAUAAGAAUCCUACUAAUAAAGCAGUAAAAUUUGCUCCUUCACCUAAGGAUGAUUAUGAUGAUGAUGAUUAUGAUGACGAUGAUUAUAAUGAUGACGAUGAUGAUUAUGACGAUGAAGAUGAACAUGAUGAUGAAUAUGAUGAUGAUGAUGAUGAUGAAGAUGAUGACUAACAAUGAUGACAACGGUAUCGAUACAGGUAAAAAUGGAUUAUUGUAUCAUAAAAAUGUGGCUAGUAAGAAGAAUCUAAACUGGUAGAAUUAAGCUUAAUUUUAUUUGUUAGUUAGUUUAAAAUUGUAUUUGAUCUGAUGUUUAAAUGUUACAUUAAUUACAUUUUAAUCGAAGAAAUGCAACUCUUUGAUAUCUUAUUAUUUUUUUUAGAAAAUAUGUCAUUUUACUUAUAGAGCAAUUACAUUGCAUGUGUAAGCAAUUAUUACUAUUGUACUAUUGGAAUUAAUAAUUGUAUAUAUAAAUAAGGGACAUGUCUUUACUGACUUACUUAUUGGUUCAUCAAUGCCCAGAAAGACUAUAAAAUAUAUGGAUAUGAAAUUUAUUACAUAGUUUAUCUUGUACUCUAGAUGCGAAACAAGGAAGAGGGUUUCUCUCUAACCUCAGGAAUCCGACAUUGGCCUCUAAAGUUGUAAAAAUAAGGAAUGUAUUGCUGCAAACAAUAAAAUAGUUUUUUAAAAGGGAUGUGCUGCUCGAUUUAAAACAAUUUAUAUACUCAAUACAUGAGUACAUUGAUAUUCGUACAUAACGAAUUCUAAAUAGUACAACUCUUAUCGUUCGUUUCCAAUUCCAAUAUAUUCAAAAUACUUUAUUAAUAUUGAAAAAAAUCAUCAAAAAUGCAUAAUAUACUUUUUGAUAGCAACGAGAUUUAAUGUAUAUGCAUUAAUAUUCUCGUGUAUAAAUAAAAAUCAAAUGCUGUUGCACAUCAACUGGAGAUGAUUUUUGUAUUGAAAAUGGUUAGACAUAUGACAUAUGACAUAUUACUAAAUGUUAAUAAAAACACUACUUUUCCAAUUUGUUUAUUUUUUGGACGAGGCCUUUCGAAACCUUUGGUUUUUAUUUUUGGUUUUUAUUAACAUUUAGUAAUAUUUAAAGAAUUUUCCAAUUACUCCAUAAGAGUUACUGCAAUUACUGCAUAAAAGUUACAGUUAUGGAUUGUCUUUGAGUAAGGGAAUUAUACAAUUUUUUAUCUGUCGUAAAUAUUGUUGAAUACUAACAUAUAUUGUACUUAUUAAUAACACGAGAGCCUUUUCUAGUAACAUCUGUUUGAAAAAAAGUAAUAUCGAUUAUUGCCAUGUUACUUGUGAAUAGUUUAUAAUGAUGAUUUUUUAAAUGUAAAUCUUAGACAAGGGAAACCUUUAGUUCUUUAUUAUAGCUCAAUAAUAUCAGUUUUAUUAUGUUUUUAUAGUUAUGUUAUUAUAUUUAUCUCUAGUGCGAUUGUUUGGAAAUAUUCAUAACCGUUUAAUUAAAUUCAUUGAAGCAUGA